CGGCCAAAUACAGAUAGCGGAACAAGAAAGAAAUUUGUAUAAUAUCAUAUUAUCAUCAUUAUUAAAGUUAUGUAUAAUUGGUCAGUACUGCAGUACUCAUUAUUCAGUACUCUAGUAAUUCAAUAUUUUUGAAUCAAUUUUUUAUUGUCUCAUAAGUUAUUACGUGUACAAACUACGAAUGUCGAACAAGCGCAACGAAUUUUCAUUAUUUCAUAAAAGUAGUUUUGACGACUUAUGUGAAUCUACGGAUAACACAAUUGAAUCUAAAAUGACAUUAUUCAAUAAUGGGAUUGAUACAACUUUCAAUAAGUUCGUUGAAGAUGUAUUUCACUUUACAAUGAUACCUAUCUUGGAUAAAGAGUAUGACACUCCAGUUAUUUAUUUACCAGAUUUGCUUGAAAUAUUGAAGACGAAUAUCACUAGUGGAACAGAAUUAGAACUUCUUGAACAAGCCAUAUUUGAAAGAACACUAUUACCUGACCCAGAAAAGUAUAUAUUAAAGAAUAAAACCAACGUGGCUAACAAAUUUAUCACACAUACUGUUCAAAAAGAGUGCAUUGUAUAUUUAUUUAAGUGUUUCAUAGAAUUAACUUUUGCAAAACAAGAAAAACGUUAUCCAUCAAUUGGAGAAGAUAUUUACUCAAAAAUCAUUGGUUUUUUGUCUACUAAUGUAUCUACAGCACUUAGACAACCUGAUCUGUAUAGCCCACAAAAUGUCUAUGAACAGGUAUAUUUAUUAAAAUUGUUUUUCUUAGUACAAUAUAUCUAAGUUACACUAUAAUAUUUAGAAUAACUUAUAAUUAAGAUGCAUUAAAGACAAAUAGAAUUAUUUUUCACGGGAUGAAUCCAAGUGUAGUUGUAUGAAAAAAAAAUUAAAUUAAAUACAGAAAGAUUUACAUGAAAACAUCUAAGAAGUUAUAAUUUAUUUAAAACAAUUAAUUAAUAAAAUUUAACCUCAUCUAAGUUCAAAGUUUUCACUUGUUCUAUUUAUUUUUGUCUUUUAUUUACGUCUAUUGUAAUAAUAAUUAAAAAUCCCUAGUAAAGUUUUUGGUUAUUUCAAGUUACAUAUCAUACAAAUUUUAAACGUUAAUAUCUAUUUAAAACAAUUUCAGUGAUGAUUAGACUAAGUGGUGAAUUCUAAUUAAAUGCUGGCUUACAUUUUUAUCACAAAAAAUUUAAAAAAAAAUGAUUUACCUAUCAAUUAUUGGUAUUUAGAUUAGUAAAGAAUAUGAAAAGGAUUGCAUGUAAUUUUUUUUACAAAGUUAAUAAGGAUAAAAUACAUUAGUUAUAUUAUGUAAAUCGAAAAUUCUGACUAACUAUUGUGAUACAAUUAAAAAAUUAAAUUAAAUUUUUUUUAUUUAUUAUUUAAAAAAUCAUUUGUUUCUGGUAUUUUCCUCUGUAUUCUUAAGCAAGGGUCUGUGAUUCCUUUUCAUAAAUCUGACUGUCGUUCAAACGUCACAAAUUAUCAACCAAUUACUAUUCUCCAUCAUGUAUCUAAACAAUUUUAAAUCAUUAGUUUUAAACUUUAUAUGUUCUUUUCUUAAUCAUAUUCUCGCUGAUGAUCAUAGAUUCCACCUUGACCAAUCUAACACUACAUGUAAUCUUGUUUUCACUUCCUUCAAUUACAACUUCUUUGUUGCUUGUAACCAGGAUGAUGUUAUAUACACCGUUUUUUCUAAGGCGUUCAACCGCGUUGAUCAUUCAUUCUCUGUCAAAACUUUGGACCUACUUGGUAUCAGUGAACCACUUCUCUUCUGGAUCUGCUCCUACCUUAUGAACAUAACCCAGUUUAUUGAAGUUUAAAACUCAUCUUCAUAUGCCUUGUUCCCUACCUUGGGUGUCCCUCAAGAAAUGGUUCUUUCUACUCUUCUCUUUGCUUUCGUUGUAAACUCUGCAUCUUCUGUUCUUAAUCAUGUCAAGUUACUAAUUUUUGCCGACGACAUGAAGCUCUAUUCACACAUUUUUUCUCUUUUUAACUAUCUUAUUAUAAUUAAGAAACCAAUUGAUUUAAGGUUUCUUGGGGUGAAAUCCUUGGCCUUUAUUUAAAUUCCUCCGAAUGCUCAAUCAUGUUUUUUCCCCGUAUUUAUACUUAGUUAAAAUUUACCUACCAUAUAAAUAGUCUUUCACCAAAAUCUUCCUGAGCUUCUGUUUGUGAUCUUAGUUUUACUUUAACACCUACCCUUUAUUCUCUAAAACAGUGGUUCCUAACCUUUUUGUUAUGGCAACCUGCACAUUUACUAUUUUUUGGGUAUGCGACCCAUAUUAAAAAAAAGCUGCCCUUGGAUAAUGGGGUACAGUCACUGUUGUAGGUGGAAAGUUGGAAGAUAUAGAAGGGAAUUUAAUGUAUAUCUGUAAGGAAUGAUGAAUCAUUUCUAACGAAAAAUGAUUCUGAGCAGAGUUCAGUUGAUAGCGAUACUUUGUCAAUAAUAUAUUAUACGUCACAUAUUAUGGUAAAAUAAUUAAAUAGGUAUUAUAUAUUUUCUUUAAUAAUAUUUGCUUGAAAAACUCUUGGAAAAUUUAAAACAUAACCUCCUUCAAGUACCUUACCAGUCGGAUUUCUUUUCAGAAAAAGUGCUAUCAUUGUAAAUAUGAGUAAAAUUUCUGGUAGAAAAGUUGUUUGAAGGAAAAAAGAAGACCAUACUAUGUUUUAACUAAUACUUAUAAUUUAUACAUUUUCAGUUUUUCCUUUUGUUUUUUUUUACAUUUGCUUAUUUUCUUAUUAUUCUUACUAUUUUAUAUAUUUUUUUUUUUCUAUUUUAUUUUAUUAUAUUAUAAUUGAAAUAUUUUUCCCUCAUCGUGACCCAUAGGUUGGGUAACACUGUUCUAAAACUUAUUGAAAUCUGUUACAAAGCCCUUAAACCUUUGAAAGUUAUAAGCCUUUUAAUUUCCAUCUUCUUUUUCCACUCAAAUCUCUUAUCUGUUCUCUUGUUCGCCCUACUUAAAAUUCUCCAUGUAAUUGGUUUCUGCUGUAAUAUCUCUCACCCCCCCUCAUGAUUACUCCUCCAUUCUCUAUGAUUUAAAGUUAUCUACCCUCUCCGAUUGCAGACACUUAUUUAUCAUUAUCUUCCUCUCUAAUCUCACUUCUGGCAAAUACUAUUAUUUUUACAUUUUAUAACUUAUCUAUGCUAUUGAUUUAAUUAUCAUAGAAUUUUAAAAAUCAGUUUUAUACAUAGUGAAACUAAUAUAUUCAAUUAUGUUAAAAUAUUGGUUUUAUUUUUAGAUUUUAAGCAUAUUUGAAACUAAUAUGGCACCUUUUGAAGAUUAUGUGAACUUUUUUACUCUUAUCAACAAACAAAUCAUUGUGGAUGAAGAUAAUAAUGAAGCUCAGAUGAAAUGCAUAUACAAAUCAUUAUUAAAAACAAUAAAAAACAAGAUAUUACAAGGAACAAUUAUAUUUUUGCCAUUCACUGAAAUUUCAGCCGUACAAGUAUUUUCUGCCGAACCAUUAUUAGCAAAUGUAAGUAAAAAUAAGAAAUAGCUUGGUCAAAAAUAAUUUAUUUAAUUAUUUAAUAAUGAUUAUUAAUUUCCAUAUAUAGGUAAAAUGUUUAAAUAUUUUAACUAUUUUAAAUUUAGAAAAAUCCUUACUAAAUUCAAUCUUGAAUAGGUAUUGUUUUUUUUUAAAUGUUAUAAUUUAUAAAUUGCUAUAAAUAUCUUUUAAAUUGCUUAAAUAAAGCAAUAAAAUGAAAUAGGCUCAAUAUUUCUGGCAUCAACUACUCUUGACACUUACUACUAUAACAAUUAAUGUAUUCAUUUUGUUAUCAAUUUACACCAUUCAGAAAAAUUAAAUGAUAUAUUAAAUAUUUUAGUUUUAUAAAGAAGUGUAUCAAUUCUACUUAAUUUAUAUUCAAGGUAUAUAUUUGAUUAUAUUUUGAUUCAAUCAAAUAAUUUUAAUUUUGGCCUACCUUAACUAUUUUAAAAAAUAUUUGAAAGUUUAUCUGCUCUGAUUUGAAUGCUAUAAUUUAAAGAUAUUAUAAUAAAUUAAAUUUAUUUUCUGUAUUUUGUUUUAUAAUUACUUUACUCUUGUUACCUUAUGUUGUUAAAACUACUUAUUAAAAUAAAAAUAUAAUAAAACAUUUGACAAACAUUUUGUGGAUGUUGGAUAUUCUUAUUUUUAGGUACUGAUUGAUGAAUGUUAUGUACCAGAGAUGGCGCCCGGUUUCAAUUUUACAGAUACAGUAUUAGGGGCUGCUUUUGCAUUAUCUGUUUUACCACUAACCCCUGAUGGUCAUUAUGAACAUUUUCAAAAACCUAUUGAAAAUGUGAGUGUUUAUUAUUUAUUUCAUGUCAUUAAUCUACUUGUUUAUUUCAUUUGUCUACAUAAAUAAUGUGUUUCAGUAGUAAAUAAAAUGUUUAAUUUGUUUUAUUUUAAUAUACAUAAGUUAAAUUUCUUAUUUCAAUAUAAAAACUCAUCAUAGUAAAACCAAUACAUUCCUCACUUUACUCAGAAUCUAAUGUAUUGUUAGUUUCUGAAUAAAUGUUUUUAUGUAUAAUUAAUUGUCUAGCAAAUAAAAUUAAAAAAAAAAAAUCAUUUUUACAGGUUAGUGGACAAUUAGAAAGUAGCAUAUGGAUUGGAAUGGAAAAAUUACAUAAGCAGUUACAUAAAAUAUUUUUAAAUCUCUUAAAAGCUGGACCGGAAGUUAAAGACAAAACAUUAUUAUGGUUGGGACGUUGUUUGGAAAAAAAUUCAGGACGCUGUAAAUUAUGGAAUGUUGAAACAACAAUGUUAGGGUUCAUUUCAGAUGGAUUUGCACUUAACCUAAGUACUGUUCUUUUAAAACUGUGCCAACCAUUCAUUUCGAACUCAGAUAGUCUAAAAUUGUUAAAAAUUGAUCCUACCUACUGUGUAGCAAAAGUUAGAAAAUUAAUUGCUUACUAAAUAAUUUGUUAUAAUUAUUUAUAAUACAUAAAUGUAUAUGUUUAGGUUCAAAAUAGUGAAGAAAGUAGAGAACGUGGAGUACAUUUAUGGAAGUUGAAUGACAGCACUAUGCUGUUACCAAUUGAUAGUGAAAAUGAUAAUCCUCUAGAAGACAGACCUUUAGCUAAAGGACAGUUUAAUUUUAUUACAGAAUGUUUUUACAUGACCCAAAAGUCACUAGAAAUAGGAUUUGCUAUAGUCGCUGAAAAAUUAAUAACUUGUAAUCAAGAACUUGGAAGAUUGCAACAGACAUUUAUAGAUGCUCAAAGUGCUGGUGCGACCCCAACAGAAGUAAUGAAACUUAUUAAUGAGCGAAUAGAAAAUGAAAUGAAUAAGUAAGUGAUUAUAAUAUAAAGAUGAAAUGUAUUAAUAAAAAUAUAGAUUUAUGUAGAAAAAACACAUUAUUAAAAACAAGAUCAGAUACAGAGGACAGGUGAGUUAUUGAUGUAGGUGAGAAGUGGGAUAGGUACAUUAAGUUAUUUAAUUUAUAUUUGUUAGCAAGGAUAAACCAUAACUAAAGAAAAACGGUUUUGAGUGAAAUUUGUUUAUACAAGAUUUGUUAGGCCGUAAUAUUUACAAUUUUCUUCAAAAUUUGAUCUUAAAACAAUUAUAAAAAACAAAUACUACAUUACACUCUAAUUUUGUUUUGUUUUUCAUGAUUACUAGGUAUAACUUAAAAUGAAUCUUCUGUUAAAUUUUCAUGCAUUUCUGCUUGUUAAAAUAUUCAUAUAUUUAUAUCCACAUACUAAAUAAUAAUCACACAAACAUAAAAUGUCUAUAAAUAGCUCAAAAAUCUUAAUUAUGUAUAGAAAAGGCAAAUGUAAUUUUUUUGUCAGAAUUUCCAUUCAACAAAUGCUUUUAUUCAAAUUACAACAAAAUUGAAAAUAAUGAAACCAUUAUGAAACAAAUGUAUUUUCCUGGUUUUGCUCUAUGAAAACUACAUGGGAAAUCAAAAAACCACUACUAAAUCACCAACUCAAUCUGAAAUGUAACAAAAAAAGGUCACUUGUCGUUUUUUGAUUGGAGCCAGAUUUAUGAAAGAAAACAUAAUUUUAUAAACAUUUAAAAUAAUAAAAUCAUAAGUCAUCAAUUAGUAAUUUUUUAUUUUGCUAAUUUUUCUAGUUUUUCUUGAUUAUUAUAAAAACUGCAUGACAAAUCAAAAAAUAACUUUCUUACUCAGCAACAAGUUCUAAAAUUCAUUGAAAAGACCUCUUGGAAGUUUUUGAUUCAAUUAAAAUUUCUGGUCAAAAAGUUGUUUUAAGUCAGAAAAAAAAACAGUAAAACCAUUAGAUCCCUCACUACGCUUAGAAUUUAAAAUUAAUGAUAAUAUAUUUUUAUUAUUGUUAUAAUAUAUAUUUUUUAGGUAUCUAUCAUUAAAAGCUGCUCUUCUUGAACCAUCGACAUUACACUUGAUGAGCCAAUUUCAAAAGGCAACAUGUGUAUGGCUUACUCAAGUUGUGUUUGAUGUAGACAAAGAUUUUCAAUCAAAUGAUCUCCAGUCUUACAGUCCAAAUACAUUCAAACCUAUUAAAUUUCCAUUACCUAGUUUCAUUCCACCUACAUUAAAGUAAUUUUAUCAAUGUUGUAAUAAAACAGCAUUCAACUGACAAAAACAAAGUUAUAAUAUGUUAUGGUUUUCAGAUGCAUUCCUGAAUUUCUGUUAGAAAAUAUUUGGCGAUAUUUAACAUUGGUGCGUCGCUUUCAUCCACGUUCUUUAGAAGAACCGGGAUCUACAUUAAUCAAUGAAUUGUUAAAUGCAAUAUUAAUCUUUAUGACAUCUAAUAGUCGAGUGAGAAAUCCACAUUUGCGUGCCCGUCUAGCUGAAUGUUUAGAUUGCUUAUUACCUCAUUCUGAAGAAGAUACUGUGUUGGCGCAAAAUUAUAUAGGAGUAUAUAACAGAAAAAUGUUAUUUUUAAACCACCCACAUCGAAAUCAAGUAAAUUAUCCACCUUAAUAGUUAAUUAAUGUAUCUAUGCAUUUUUAUAGCUAUUAUGUUAUUCUUAUUAAUUUAUUUAAGAAAAUAUUUUAAAACAUUUACCUUUUAUUCUAAAUUCAAUAUUUUAUUUAAGAUUGUAUACGCUAUUUUGGAUGUAUUUGUGGGUAUUGAAAUGACUGGACAGAGUGUAGAAUUUGAACAAAAGUUUAAUUAUCGUCGACCUAUGUAUUUUGUUAUGGACUAUUUAUGGAAAUUAGAAGAACAUAGAGAAGUUUUCAAGUAAUACAUUUAUAUUUUGAAAAAAUGAUAUUUGUAAUUCAAAUAUUAUUACAUAAAUAUUAAUUUGUGCAAUGAAUUGUACUUAAGGUCAUUGGCUAAAUAUGCAGAAAAUAAUAUGGAAGCAGCUUCUCCCCCAUUAUUUUUAAGAUUCAUUAAUUUACUUAUGAAUGAUGCUGUGUUUUUAUUAGAUGAAGCAUUAACUAAUAUGGCUCAGUUAAGACAAAUGCAAACUGCUCAGUAAGUAAAUAAUAAAUAUGUGUUAACAAACAAUUAUAUAUUUUUCAAAUUCUAAUGUUAUUAAAAACUGCAUAUAUAAAUCAUUAUAUUAUUUUAAGAUAUAUAUUAAAUAGUAAAAACCCUGCUUAUAUUAGUUAUAAAUAAAGUUUGGAUGUUGUAACAUAAACCCCUAAAAUAAAGCAAUAAAGCACUACAACAAAUCUUAGCUUUUCCGUAAUUAAUAAAUAUGUAUACUAUUAUUCUACAUCUACCAAUUUCAAUUUUUAUAACUCCAUAAAUAUCAUUCAAAUCAAAAUAUUGUAAUAAUAUUGUUUCAUUUUUACCCUUUAUUUAUUAAUAUGUUUUAUGUUGACCUAUUUUUAAGAGUUUUUUUUAAAAAAAUAUACAAGUGGUAAAUAAUUUAAAAAAAAUAUAAGUGAUAAAAAUAUAAUCAAUAAAAACAAAUGUAUUUGGGAUUCAAACCUGAAAGAUGAAAUGUAGUUUAAAUGGCACUUUAUAUUAUACACUUCGGGAUCUUAAUUUUAGAUUCUGAGUGUAGCGAUGAAUGUAUUGGUUUUACAAAGAUGUUUAUUUUUUUUUUUUAAUGUGUACACAAAUAUUCAACCAAAAAUCUUGCUCCAAUAUACAUGAUAAAGACCUUUUUCUGAAAGUAAAUUUUCUUGGGGUGAUACUUUAGAGAGGUCAUUUUUAAUUUUUCUGGGAGUUUUUCCAAUAAAAGAGAAUAAGUGGGAAAUAAGUAAUAAAAACAGGAAAUUUACUAAAAUAAUACUUUUAAGAUUUGUUUAGCUUUGUUAUUUGUUGUAAUUCAGUUAAAAAUAUUCGUGGAGAUAUGAAAUUUGGACAGAAUACAUAUAUUUACCUUUUCUAAAACUAAUUAAAUUAUCAAAAAGUUUAAACCAUUUUUAAACUAUUUAUAAACACUUAAAUUUCGCAAGUUUUGAUGUAGUUUUUAUUCGGUAGGUAUCGUAUGGUAAAAUUGUUAAACUUAACAGAAAUAAUUGAAAAUUUAACAGAAGGUUUAUUAAAAGUCUCACUUAGUGGUCAAAAUAAAAUUUGAAUUUUUGAGGAAUUUUUAAUUCAAAUUUUGCUGAAAAUCUAGAGUUAAAAAUUAUGUGUAUCAAAUCAAAUUUUUCAAUUUUAUAUUUUGAAUAUAUUUAUGAAUGAUGGUGUAGUAAGAAUUGAGCAGACUGACAUAGUUUUGAAAUUAUCUUUUUGAAGUUCUGUUAUAUAUAUGUUUUGUUAAAUAACUAUAUAUUGUCAAACUUUACAUAUCUAUCAACAUCUUAGGGAUCGCGAGUUCAAACCUGGAUAUCGAAAAAUAAAUUUUUUGAAUUUUUUUUCCUUUUUACCUAAUCAUGGAAAAACGGUGUACCCAGAGUCCUAAGCAAUUGCUUGUUCGAACGAUUUGAAUCGCAAAAUACUCCUUGAUUGGUUGUGCAAAAUUUUUCUACCAGAAAUUUUGCUUCGAUGUAUAAAAUGUAGCUUAUUUUCUGAAACGAAAUUUUAUCGAUAUGGUACUUUAAGGAUUUUUCAAGCGGUUUUCAUAAUAUCUGGGAAUAUCGGAAUAAGAUUUCGAAAAAACAGAAAAUGUACAAAAUGUAGAUAUUAGUAAAAAAAUAUUUUGGCCUUUUUUCAAAUUUAAAAUGACCACUUUUUGAAAGCAAAUCUGAUUGGGAAAGUAUUUUAGAAAAAUCAUUUUUCGACUUUCCCCAGAGUUUUCUUAACAAAUUUUAAAAACCUAAAAAAAAACAUAGGAAAAAUGCAGGAAGAUUAUUAAAAUAAACAAAUUAAAGAAAAUAUAUAAUGUCUAUUUAAUUAUUUUACCACAAUAUGGCAUUUAAAUUGUUGUCGAAGUACUAGAUUAUCAACUGAACUGCACUCAGAAUCGCUUUUUAUUAGCAAUGGUUUAUCGUUGUUUACAGAUAUACAUUAAAUUUUUUUCUGUAUCCUAUUUGAAUGCUUAUAAAUAGUAAUUUUUAAUUUGUAGUAUUUUAAAAUGUUAAAAAUGAGAAAUUGAUUAACCUAUAGUCAUCAUAGUUAAAUAAGAAAUCUUUUUUGUACCUACUAUUUACAACAUAUACAUGUAAGUUUAUAUUGAACUUGUUUCCUUAUUUUUUUUAUUAACUAUUGAAAAUAUUACGAAUUGAUACAGAGUACACAUUAGUUUGAUCAGUAUGCUCUUUUAAGUAUAUAAUUACAGGAGAUAUUCUCAUCAAAUCAAAUUAUUUCCAUUUUAAAAUCUCCAACAAAAAAAAGCACAAAUAUUUUUUAAAUUUUUUUUGAAUUUUUUGUUUUAUUUUAAAAAUUUGUAAUAGACCAAAUAAAAUACCUUUGAGACCCACAUGUGUCCCACGGGUUGGGGACCAAUGGUAUAAAUCUAUACAUUGAAAUUUGGAAAAAGCAAUAUGAAAAUAAAAAGAAUCAAUAAAACAUUUUUAAAAAAAAAUCAAAAAAGCGUAAUAAAAUAAUUAAUACAUAUAUACAUAGUAUAAAACAAAUUUUUAGCUGAUUUAGUUGAAAAUCGGACUAAUAGAAAAAAUAGGAAAUGCCUAUAUACGAAGUCUUGUUUUAAAUUUAAAUUGUUUUUCCUUUCCAUAAAAGCUUAAAGUUAAUAUAUAUAAAUAUAAUAAUACAUAAAAUAACUACUUUUAGUUAUUAUUUAAUUUUAAAUAAAAUUGUAACAUUGUAUAAUUUUUAUUUUUAUCUAAUUAUAGUGAAUCAGGCGAAUGGGCAAAUUUGUCUCAUAGAGAAAGAUCACAAAAUUUGUCAUACUUACAACACAUUGGAAUGAUUGCUAGGUAAAACAUCUAUAAUUUCAUCUUUUAAUUAAAAAACAAUUAAUUGGUUACUGUAAAAAUAUUGUAAUUGCAGAUUUGACAAUAUUCUUGGGAAAGAGACUAUUAAUACUUUAAAAUACCUUACAUCAGAAAUUAAAUCAAUAUUUUGCCAUACUACAAUGGUAGAUAGAGUUGCUGCUAUGUUAAAUUAUUUUUUAUGCCACUUGGUUGGGCCCAAAAAAAAAAAUUUCAAAGUGAGUACACUAUCUAUGCCACAACUGAAUUGAAUAAAUAAUAAUUUAAUUGUUAUCGUUUUUAUUGUAAUAUUUAUAUUAUGGAUUAGAAAUAUUGAUAUUACAUGGUGUAAAAGUUGCUAAAUAUUUUUUAAAUUGUUUUAAACCAAAUGAAAGUAUUAUAUUAUUAUUAUAAAUUUAAAAUUGCAUAUAAGAAAAUCAAAAUAAAUUCAAAAUUAAGAAAUAAUAUACUUUUUAAAUAAAAUACUAUAAAUAAUAUACUAAUAAAUAAAAUAAUAAUUUUGGUAGAACUUUGUAAAAGGUGUUUAUUAAUUUAUUAUCAACUUUUUUUAAAUACAUAAAAUAUAAUAAAUAUGCAAUGUAUUAUGAACUUAAAACUUUUAAGUUUUAUGCACAAAGCAUAAGUAAAUAUAUUUUUUUAAAGUAAUAAAAAUAUUAUUAUUAUUAUUACUACUAUGAAAAAUAUGUCCUUAUUGCACUUACUAGAAAUACAUUUUCUACUAUAAACCACCUUGGAUAUUGAUGAUCAAUGUAAAAUGUCUUGUAAAACAGUUAUUUACAGACAAAAACUUUUUUUUUUAAAACAGUAAGAAUGCUCUCAGUAUCUGAAAUAUGUGAGCUACAUACAAAUUAAAUAUAAAAUUAAAUCAAUAGUUUUGUGAUUGUACUCGAAAUUAAAACCUCUUAAUAAUGUAAAUAUUUAAAUUAUUUCAUAGGUAAAAGAUAUGAAAGAAUACAAAUUUGCACCAGCUGAAAUAGUAUUGGAUAUUUGUACGAUAUAUUUAAAUUUGGGAGAGAGUGAACAUAGUGAAGCAUUUUGUUUAGCUAUUUCUAGAGAUGGCCGUUCAUACAAUUCACAACUUUUCAAACAAACUGAAAAUGUUCUAGGUAUUGUAAAUAUUUAAAUGAUAUAGGUAUAAAUCAGUCAAACAUUGUUUUUUUUACAUAUUUAACCUAGUUAUGGUGGAGUAAUUAUAAUUAAUAAUAUUCUUGAAAAAGAACAUUUCAUUAGUAAAAGUGGGUAUUAAUAUGAUCACUGGAUGAUAAAAUAAAUAUAUAAAAAACAUAAUGUUGUAUUUUUUUGUAUAUUGCCAAGAAACAAUGGCCAUUAACUUUUAAGAUUAGAAAUAUUUAAAAUUGUAUGAUUUUUUUUUUAUUGUAAAUCGUUUUUUAAUAUUUUAUUAUAAGAUACAUUUUUUAAGUAAAUACAAUAUUAUAGCAUCUUAUGUUAAUUUUUUUUAAACCUUAAUAAUUAGUUCUUAAGCAAGGUUUUAUAUUCAUUUAGAUUUUUAUUGAAAUAUAAUUUAAAAACUUGUUCAAAAUAAUUAUUUUCAUAAAUUUGUAGUUAAAAUUGGAGGAAGACACCUAAUUGAUGGAAUAACUAUUAUGGCACAAAAAGUAUCAGAACUUGGAAUACAAAGUAAUGAUGAAGAGUUAUUAUUUUCUGAAGCCCCAGAAAACUUUUUAGAUCCUAUCAUGUCUACCCUUAUGAUAGACCCAGUAAUUUUGCCGUCAAGUAAAAUAAAUGUUGAUAGAUCUACUAUAGCAAGGUAUAUUCUACUUAAAAUUAGAAAAAAAUGAAAUUUAUUUUCAUUUUAUUUAUUUUAGACAUUUAUUAAGUGACCAAACUGAUCCGUUUAAUCGUUCUCAUCUUACUAUGGAUAUGGUAAUAACCAAUGUCGAACUGAAAAAUCAAAUUGAAGAAUGGAUUAAAAACAAAAAAUCUCAAAAAUAAAAAGAAUACAUAAUAAUUAUAUCAUUGUAUAUUUUAAACUUAGAAAAUUAUACUAGGAUUAAAUUAUGAAUUUAAAUGUUUGAAUUUAUUUUAUCUAAAUGUUUACUAUAUAAUUGGUUACAUAUUUUAAAGGUAAAAUUAAAUACCUACUACUUAGUGAAGAAAUGUAUUACACUGUCCUAUAACAUUCAUACAUUUAGAAUGUACCUAUUUUAAUAUUUUACUCUUAAUGGUUUGGAUAACUGGUGCAUAAAUAUUUCACAAGUGCAUUUCAUUAAUAAACCCCCAUAAUUAUAUACUUAUCUUGAUAAUUAUUUGUCUUGUACAUACCGUGUAAUAUCUUUGUAGUUUUUAAGUAUUUAAUGUAUAUCACUCUUAUACAAUGUUGAUUACUAUUAUUUGUUUACCAUUUAAAAUAAAUUUAGCUUUUUUUUUUUUUAAAAAUGACUAUAUUUUUAUGUAUAACUAGUAGACAAUAAUAUAUUUUUACUGGUUUUAUUAAUAGAUAUAAAUAAUAUUAUCUUCCACAUCUAUCACACUCAUCCAGCUAUAAACAGCCCAUCACUGAAAAUACACGACGAGAAUAACUGCACUGUAUUUAAUUUUACC